AUGGAGUUGAUCAUAUCGGAUCAAAUAGGCUUAUCAUCAAUGAUUCCGAAUCUCAAUGUUAACAGUCUAACUUUUCUGGAUCAAUUCGUAAUAUUGAUUUUAUUAGUUUACUUGAUGAAUCAGAUCAGAUGGAAAGUUGAAGAACACUCUAAUAAAACAAAAGCAAAAUCCUUAAAUAGUAAAAUAGCACCUUUAGUGACUGGUACAAUACCAUUUGAUUUGAAAUUCUUGUAUUAUAAAAUCACUUCACUUUUAAAAGGUGAUCCAUCAAGUUCAUUCGCUUACCUCAAUUCUCAUUCAAAAGUAACCCCAGCUAUUAGAAUUAAUGUCUUUGGAACCGACAUCAUUCAAACCUUCUCACAUUUGGAUGUUAAUUAUAUUCUAUCUAAAAAACUUCAAAAUUGGGGUAAAUCAAAUAGUUUCAAAGAGGCCCUUUAUCCAUUGUUAGAUGAUGGUAUCUUUAAUUCUGAUCAAAGAUUGCUUUGGUCUUGGCAUAGAACAUUAAGUAGACCUCAUUUUACAAAAAAAAGAAAUUCUGAUGUGGAAGCUUGUGAGAAUCAUGUUUCCAGAUUGAUUGGUUGGAUUGAAUUUCAAAAUGGGUCAGAUCAUUCUGUUGAUAUUCAAGAUCUCUUUUCACGUUUAGCCCUCACGGUUGCUACCCAACAUUUCUUUGGACAUUGUUUGGAUAUGCUCAAUGAUCUCUUACUUGAUAGACCAUUACAAGAAGGUGCUAUAGAUGCAACAGCUUUCUCCACCGACUUUGCUGACGCCCAAACACAUUGUAUAGCAUAUAUCUUUAUACCAUCUUUCAUAGUCAGAUUAUUUCAAAAAUUAUCACCCGAUCCAUCCACUAAGAGAGUCUCGGCAGCCGUAGAUGUAUUGAUAGAGAAUGUAGCCAAAGAGCGUAGUUUAUCAGAUGAUCAACAAGAACCUGAAACCCUACUUGAUGGCAUACGUCGAUCAGGUUGCUCAACUUGCCUUCUUCGUCAUGAACUUCUCAAUAUAUUAAUUGCCGGAAGAGAUUCACUUUCUUCUCUACUCACUAGUUGCAUUUACGAAUUAGCUGGCCGGGAUGAGCUUUGGCAUCGACUUCAAUUAGAAUUGAGUCAUCUUGCUCAAAUUUCUACAAUUUCUAGCAAUCAAAUCCGUCAAUGUAAAUUACUUAGAGCAGUGAUUAACGAAACUCUAAGACUUCAUCCACCUGCUUGGUGUAACCUACGCGGUGCAUUCGAAGAUGAUGUAUUACCAUCCGGUAUAUUUGUUCCAGCUGGAACUGAUUGUCGAUUUAGUUACAAAGACCUCCAACGAGAUCCAGAAGUAUGGGGUAUGGAUGCAGAAGAAUUCAUACCGGAUUGUUGGUUAGAUGGUAGACAGGUCUUACAAAGUGAAAAUCCAUCUACUUUCCAACCAUUUAGUGCAGGUCCAAGACUUUGUCUUGGUCAACAAUUUGCUUAUAUUCAGACGUCUGUCGCAUUGAUUAGAUUAAUUCAUCAAUUCUCUAGAGUUGAGUUAGCAGGUAAAUCAGCCGUUAGGGAAAAUAUUAAAGAAGUCCACUCUGUGACUUUGAGCUUUCAAGAUGGAUUAUGGGUUAAGUUUCAUCCACGAACGAUUUGA